AUGUCCAACCCGCUGUCGACACAGAAGAUGAUGCACGAAAUUCACGACAAUGCUGGAGCAGGUGCAAGCGACGUGAUGGAGGAAAACGAGGGAGGUGGGAGUGGGGAUGCCGAGGUCGAUAUGGACGAUAUCGGUUCCCUUACACUACCUCCCGAUCUUCCCCCAUAUUCAGGCGAUUAUAUAAUCAGUGACUACAUGGAACGCCUCGGAACACGUCUCAACAUCUUAGAAACUGAACUAAAGUAUGCGUGGCGGGCACUUGAUCUACUUAGUCAAGAAUACGUAAGGAUGUGGGAUCGAUUAGAGAGGCUAGAGUCAUUACUAGCUGAUCAACAGGGUGUAAUAUCAACUCUUCUUGAUUUCUAUGCUUGUCGUACUGUAACAUCCAGGGACCCUAUGUCUAGGUUAGAAGUAAUCAGAGAGAUAUUGGGGAAUGGUACAGUAGAAGAUGGAAUCGAAGAAGGCUUAGAUAUAGGACGGAGUGCUGUAUUGAUUGAUACACAGGAAGAAGCAAUGGAAUCAAAUGAGGCCUUUUAUAGAAGUUUAAAUCAGGCUUACAGGGACGAUCUAGUAUGUGAUGAAACUUCAAGACCAUCUUCGCAAUUGGAUAUGAUUUGGGAAGCUCCAGAAGAAACCGAUAUAGAAAUUAUACCUACAACUUCAAGACAAGUUUACAGUUCCAGUGAUUAUAAAAAUUACUGUGGAUUACAGGGCGGGCCCGGUAUAAGUGAAAGAGAUAUUGUACAUCUCUCUACUUUAAGUACAAUAGAUCAAAUUACAAUAGAUAAAUUACAUGAAUUAGAUAGGCUGACAACUCAAUUACACAAAGAUUCGAGAGAGUUAAAAGACUUGAAAAAUAGACUUCUUAGUCCAGAAACAAAAAUAACAGCGAGACACGACAGAGACAUUGAAGCCAAAGCACUAGUUGAAGAUGGGAAUAUAAUAAAUGAACAAUUAAAGAAUAUCUACACGGGUGGAGAUAACUGGGGUAUAAAUGACAUGAUGAAAAGUUUUGACGAUUUUAUUUUAACAAUACCUAAAGAAAAUACUAUUAGAGAUAAAUCUCCUUCAAAACUAUCGCUUUCUGAACAUACAGUAACAGAAAGAGCACUAGAUUAUUUACCAUCAACUUUAUCUCCUCGACGAAAAUAUGUACAUGAAAGAACAACAACAGAGCCAUACACAACUGUAACGGGGCGUUUAGCAUAUAGUUCAGCAGUAGCUAACGCUGAAAUAGCAGCUAAGUCAUCAAAAUCACCUAGUGCUAUAUCGAGAGAGAGAUUUGAUUACUCGACGCCAUAUCAAGCACCUGAUACGAGACAAAAUUAUUUUUCCACAAAAAGUACAACUCAAACUUUAAACGAAAUAUAUAAGACAUCUACUGAACAAAAUUCCCCUUUAUCUGUUCAUGAAAUAUAUAGCGAUCCUAUAGAAAGUAGGUUAGAAAUGAAUUUUGAAGAAAAUAGAUUACGUAAAUCGUCGCCCAGUCCGCCACCACCUGCACCCCCUAACGGAGCUGAACAUUUUUCUUCAAUUGAAAAUAAUAAUGAGUUAUUAUCAGCUCACUCUACUAUGCUAUCUGCAGGUACCACAGUUCCAGCAGAUAGUAUGCGACUAAGUCCUCGAUCACCCAAGUCUCCAAAAACUUCUCCGAAACAUUUAAAAAGAGAUAGUACAAAUAUAGUAACAGCAAAAUCGGACUCUGGACUCUCUUCCAUGAGUGGUUGGUCUAGUUUAGAGAAAAGUCCUGGGUCACCUAAAACGGCUAGAAGUGGUCAUCCUGUGCACGAUAGUCACCGAAUUAGAAUUUCUUCUCCCCAUUCAGUUCAAAAAAUGAACUUUGAAUUAGAUUCUAAACCAUAUUUAGAAACACUUGUGGAUUCAUAUCAAUAUGAAGAUAAAAAUAUUAAAAGAGAUUAUAACUUACGAAAAAGUGACAGCUUUAAAGACACUACUAUAGAUUUAAAUAGGUUACAGGAAAAAAUGGAUACUAGUUUUUUAAAAAGUGAUAUUCCAUAUUCAAUAUCUAAUGAAAAUACAAUUAAUAAUGUAGACUAUUAUUAUCAAAAUGAAGCACCUUCAAUAUAUUCUGUUGCUGGGAAUAGACAACCAAUUUUUACUACAGUUUAUAGUACACCAAGGGGAAUGCUAUCAGAAGAUAGACAUUUUUCCGAGUUAUUAGAUAGCAAUGAAAUUACGGAGCCGGUUCCUAACCAAAUGAUUGAUUCGUAUCCACCUGAACCUAGUUAUCAUGCCCAAACAGUCGUUAUGUCAGCUUCAAAUAUAAAUAAAAAAGUUCUUACAAGAGCUAAUACAAUGGGUUCUAAUGACGUACAUUUUCAUCAAAACGGAUAUAAAGCAACCAAUCACAGACAAGGAUUUCCAACGGGAAAUCUUACUGAUGCACUUUCAUAUUACCCAACGUCUACUCGAUAUGAUUCACCUAAACGAGUCCCUUUAGAUGAUCGAAUAUCUUGGCAAGGCAAUAAAUCACCUACUAGUUCGAUGGAAACAUCUAGUUUGAAAUCACAUUCCUUGAAUAUAACAGAACGAAAGCAAUUUCAAAAUCAGUUACAACAAGAGUAUUUUAAGCAACAACAAUAUGAUCAACGAAAUGGGAAUGUAAUAAAUGAUGCUCAAGGCUAUGAUAAGCAAGCAAUAGACCAUACUGUAACAAGAAAAGAACAGUAUGUCGAUUCCACUGGUAUUUUGGUUUCAGAAUCUGGAUAUCUAUCUAUUUCUUCUAACUUAAAGGGGAAAACACAUGACAAGCAAUCGAAAAAACCAAAACGGGCGUCAUCAUUGAAAUCUGCCAUGUCUUCCAUGACUCAUUGGCUCCCAGAUUUGCAUUUACCAAAGAAACAUCGAUCUCACUCUUUGCCUUCUGGAGUAGAUACAGUAGAACAAACACAACAAGAAAAAACAUUAAAAGAAAGAAUAUUGUCGGCUCAAAGACGUAAGAAAAAAUAUCAUUUAGUUGCAUCGAUGUCCGGCCUGUUGCAAAAAGCUCGAAGAAAACAACAAGCUAGUCAUCAAUCGCUAUCUGAUCCUGAAACGUCAGAAACUGAGUGGUCUGGUGGACGUUCGAGUGCUCAAUCAGAAGAUUCUGAUAGUGUAUUUUCCGAUUCUACACACGAAGGAAAUGUAUUUGCGAAAGUACCCGUAAAACCUAAACAAAGAAAAGCUAAUCACCAUGAAAUAGUUGAGCAUCAACAAAUGAUACAAGAGCUACAAAAACAAGGGCUGAAUUUUCGUGAAGACGAUGAGGGAGAGUGUAUAAGGGAAGAAAACGACAAAUAUCAAAGCAAAGCGAUACCUCGAGACAAAAGUGAUGACAUUGAUUUUCACUUCGCUCGUGUCAGUCAAAUGAAUCAAGGCAAUAUUAGUGAGUUAGAAAAACUUGAUAUCGAUACAGAUAUAUCAAAUAUAGAUCCUUUUGAGGAGGAAUCAAAAGAUGAUAAUCGUUCACCAGCUUCACUCUUUGCAACUGUUGGUGAUGUAAAAAAAGCUGCUGCCUCUAUAGAUGAACCUGAAAAUAAUGCACCAUAUAAUGGCAGCUCCCAAGAGUUCGCAGUUUCACGAGCUUUGGGAAAAUAUCGACUACGGAAAUCUUCUUCCGUUUCUGAUGAUCAAAUAUCAGAUACAUCUCCGCCAAAAGUUGAAUCAAAUAUGCCUGAAGGAUCAGUAAAUGUACCACAUCAAAAAGUUAGAAGACCGUCUAAAACGAGUCCACCUGAAAUUAUUAGUAGUUCAGCUCCAGAAGAAUCAUUAGUAUUUUCAGAACGAAGUCCAUCUGUUCAAAGUGCUCGAAGCAUUCCUAAUAAAUUUCAACCACGACAACAGCAAAGCUUGGAUAUACCCAACAAACAUGAUGAGGACGACAGCAAAAGUACUCAUUCAUGGAGAAGUGGUUCGAGAGUAUCUUCUAGACGUCAAAGUACUGAGGAUAGUAUAGAUUCGGAAGACGAGUGGUAUUGCUAUGAAUUAAGGAAAUUAGAGGAAAUGGAACACCAGUCACACUUAGAAGCAGAAAGAGAAAAAACUUUGGAAGAAGAACCUGAAGUUGAAGAAGAAUUAACAAAUGAACCACAUGAAGAUUUGAAAGAAAAAAUGUCUCUGGUAUUUAGGGAAUUAAAAUUAAAAACAGCAUCUAUUAAAGUCAAGUGUGAUGAACCACCUGCAGAAGAGACUUGGAAAGAAGUAACAACAUUUCCAACUAUAGACGAAAAAGUUAAAGACGAUAUAUCACCAGAAAAAGAAUCUGACGAUGAUAAAUCGUACGCGGACUCCGGAUCAGGUGAAACGUCUGGACCUGACAGUCCAGUCCAAAGUGGAGACGAAUUUGAUGAGGAAUAUGAUAUGCCACAACCACGUCAGGAGCCUACUCCAGCAAAAGCAUCGCCACCACAACAAGAAGCUUCUGUUGGCAGUAAAUGGAAGCUACUCAAAGCUUUAAAAGAUCGUAAAGCCGAAGAGAAAACAACGGAAACGCCUGUAGCAACAACUCCGUCAACCGAAAAGGAUAAAGUUAGCGCUGGUAAUGGCACCGGCGGAUUCAAUGAGCAAGGCGGACGAGGGAAUGGGCAUCCCGGGGAUAAUCCUUUUUAUAGCAACAUCGACAGUAUGCCUGACAUUCGACCGAGGAGAAAAUCAAUUCCAUUGGUGUCGGAGCUUGUAAGUCGCACUAUGGCCGCUACAAAGAGGAAUGCAGGUUUGACAUCAGCAGUACAUCGGGCUACGUUAAACGACGAAGAAUUGAAAAUGCACGUUUACAAGAAGACAUUGCAAGCUCUUAUUUAUCCAAUAUCUUCUACAACGCCGCACAACUUUGUGCUGUGGACCGCCACAUCGCCGACUUACUGUUAUGAGUGCGAAGGCUUGCUGUGGGGUAUCGCAAGACAAGGAGUUAGGUGCACAGAGUGCGGUGUUAAAUGUCACGAGAAAUGCAAAGAUCUGCUGAAUGCUGAUUGUCUACAGAUGUGUUUCGCAGGGGCCGCUGAGAAGUCAUCCAAACAUGGCGCUGAAGAUAAAGCCAACUCCAUCAUCACCGCGAUGAAGGAAAGAAUGAAGCAGCGAGAAAGAGAUAAACCAGAAAUCUUUGAAUUAAUCAGACGCGUGUUCAGCAUCGAACAAGAGGGACAUUCGGCACAUAUGAGCACCGUGAAGCAGUCCGUCCUAGAUGGCACGUCGAAAUGGAGCGCGAAGAUCGCCAUCACAGUUAUCUGCGCUCAAGGGCUGAUAGCCAAAGAUAAAAGUGGGACCUCAGACCCCUACGUUACCGUCCAAGUAAGCAAAGUUAAGAAGAGAACUAGAACUAUGCCUCAAGAGCUAAACCCAAUUUGGAACGAAAAGUUUUAUUUCGAAUGCCACAAUUCUUCGGAUCGGAUAAAAGUAAGAGUUUGGGAUGAGGACAACGAUUUAAAAUCCAAACUUCGACAAAAGUUGACUAGAGAAUCGGAUGAUUUCUUGGGUCAAACGAUCAUUGAGGUUCGAACAUUAUCUGGAGAAAUGGAUGUAUGGUACAACUUGGAGAAAAGAACAGAUAAAUCUGCUGUGUCUGGAGCUAUCAGACUUCACAUCAACGUCGAAAUUAAGGGCGAAGAGAAGGUGGCGCCUUAUCACGUCCAAUACACGUGCCUUCACGAAAACCUAUUCCACUACCUCUGUGAAGAAAAUGGAGGCGCUGUCACUUUACCAGCUGCGAGAGGAGAUGACGCUUGGAAGAUCUAUUUCAAUGAUAUACCUGAAGAGAUAGUCGACGAAUUUGCAAUGAGAUAUGGAAUAGAAGCUAUUUAUCAAGCUAUGACUCAUUUCCACUGCCUUUCAACAAAAUAUCUUUGCGCGGGUGUACCAGCAGUCAUGUCCACCUUAUUAGCCAACAUCAACGCUUACUACGCGCACACUACCGCCUCCUCAGCGGUAUCGGCCUCCGACAGAUUUGCAGCUUCUAAUUUCGGAAAAGAAAAAUUCGUUAAACUUCUUGACCAGUUACACAAUUCUCUUCGGAUUGAUCUAUCGAUGUAUCGCAACAAUUUCCCUGCGUCGAGCGCUGAGAAACUUAUGGAUCUGAAGUCAACUGUCGAUUUACUAACAAGCAUAACGUUCUUUAGAAUGAAGGUUCAAGAACUCAGUAGUCCACCCAGAGCAAGUACUGUAGUUAAGGACUGCGUAAAAGCCUGCCUUAGAUCAACAUAUCAAUUCCUAUUUGAAAAUUGUUACGAGCUUUAUAACAGGGAAUUUCAGGUCGAUCCAAACGAAGCCAAACGUGAUCCAUCAGACCACGGACCGCAGUUGGAUUCUGUCGAUUUCUGGCACAAACUGAUAGCACUCAUAGUAUCUGUGAUAGAAGAAGAUAGAAACAGCUACGCUCCCGUCCUUAAUCAGUUUCCGCAGGAGUUAAAUAUUGGACAGCUUUCAGCGGCAACGAUGUGGUCUCUGUUUGCAGUGGAUAUGAAAUACGCUCUAGAGGAACACGAGCAGCAUCGUCUCUGCAAGUCUUCCGCUUAUAUGAAUCUUCAUUUCAAGGUGAAAUGGCUGCAUACGAAUUACGUGAAAGAUGUUCCUCCAUACUGCGGUGCAGUUCCGGAAUAUCCAGCGUGGUUCGAACCCUUCGUGAUGCAGUGGCUCAAUGAAAACGAUGAUGUUUCCUUAGAGUACCUGAACGGAGCAUUCAACAGAGAUAAAAGAGAUGGGUUCCAAAAAUCUAGUGAACAUGCGCUCUUCAGUAACUCAGUCGUGGACGUCUUCACGCAACUCACUCAAUGCUUCGACGUGGUAUCAAAACUCGAGUGUCCAGACCCGGAGAUAUGGAAGAGAUAUAUGAAGAGAUUUGCCAAGACCAUCGUGAAAGUACUCGUGGCGUAUGCCGACAUCGUGAAAAAGGAAUUUCCUGAGCAUUUGAAGGAAGAAAGAGUGGCUUGUAUCCUUAUGAACAACAUUCAACAAUUACGAGUGCAGUUAGAAAAGAUGUUUGAAGCCAUGGGCGGUUCGAAGCUAGAACGAGACGCGGCUGACAUCCUCAACGAUUUGCAAGCGAGUCUCAAUAGCACUUUGGAUGAACUAGCUUCGAUGUUUGCUAUCAGCCUGGAGACCCGCAUCACCGCGAGUGUGAAGGAGCUGGGCGAGCUGCUGCAGAAGGUGUGCGGCGGCGCGGCGCUGCCGGGCGCGCCGCAGCCGCCCGCGCACCACGAGGCGGACGAGGUGCUGCGCCCGCUCAUGGACAUCCUGGAUGGCUCGUUAACGAUGUACGCUGAGUCUUGCGAGAAAACUGUUCUUAAGAGACUUCUGAAGGAACUGUGGAAGAUCGUAAUGAAGAUACUCGAAAAGACCGUGGUGCUUCCUCCCAUGACCGACAAAACAAUGAUGCUGAAGAAUCUCACGAACAAUGCGAAGAAUUUAGCAGCGAACGCGAAGAUCGAAGAUAUGACGCAGCUCUUCAAGAGCACGGUCGGCAAACAGGAUGUCAAACACGCUCUUUCCGGAGUCAUGGAUAUUUCGAAGGAGCACUUAUCAGCAGAGAAGAGUCUGACGCCGAAGCAGUGCGCAGUUUUGGACGCAGCUCUUGACACGAUCAAGCUGUACUUCCACGCCGGAGGCAACGGUCUCAAGAAGUCGUUCCUAGAAAAAAGUCCCGAGCUACAGUCGCUACGAUACGCUUUAAGUCUGUACACUCAGACCACUGACACGCUCAUUAGAACCUUUGUUACUAGUCAGCAAAAUCAAGACGCAGCUGUUGCCGAGGAAGGUAGCGUUGGAGAGGUGUCGCUCCAAGUAGAUCUGUUCACUCAUCCUGGCACGGGUGAACACAAGAUCACAGUGAAAGUGGUUGCUGCCAAUGAUCUUAAGUGGGUAAUAGCCAGUGGUAUGUUCCGUGCGUUCAUCGAAGUAAACCUGAUUGGACCUCAUUUAGCUGACAAGAAGAGAAAAUUCGCCACCAAGUCAAAGAGCAACAACUGGAGUCCUAAAUUCAAUGAGACCUUCCACUUCAUGGUGAGUGCGACGGAACAGCUGGAGCUGUUCGAGCUGCACGUGUGCGUGCGCGACUACUGCUUCGCGCGAGAGGACCGGCUCGUGGGCGUCGCGGUCAUGCGCCUCGCCGACAUCGCUGAACAGGGAUCAUGUGCAUGCUGGCUUCCUCUUGGUACUCGCGUUAAGAUGGAUGAAACCGGCUGGACAAUACUUAGGAUCCUCUCACAGAGGCACAGCGAUGAAGUCGCGCGAGAAUUCGUCAAACUGAAAUCAGAAAUGCGAGCAGAAGCACCUACCGGUAGCCAAGGACCGUCGUGAAGACCACGAGGAGCCACCGCGUGCCACAUUUCAGCAGUUCACACAUUCGGAUCGUCCAUAUUGAGGAUUACGACUGGAAAACCGGUUGUGAUAUAUUAAAUCAUAGUGCUAAUGGAGCGACCAUAACAUUUUUGAAACAAAAAACGAUGAUCAAAUAGUUCAAAGUUUAAUAACUCACGAGACAAGUUGAA